AUGGAUUUCGAUACUAGCGUAGACCAAAGAUUGAUUCUAGUCAUUUCAUAUCACCUCAAGCUAUUCUAUGAACAUGACGCCCCAAUAGAGUCUCUUAUGUUUCUGCUUUCUUUGCCUCAAAAAAUCAAGCAGAAUUGCUUGUUCUUUAGUCCUUUAGGGAAAGAACUGAAGGAUUUAACUGGCAGGGUACGUCACCAUCCUUUGAAGCCAGAGAGUUCGUCUAACGAUGUGAAAUACCAGUUCCUGCUAUCGAAAUCCCAACUAAAUGAGUCCUUUCUAAACAUGGUAACGGAUACCACUUAUUCAAGAUUGAUUUCUAUGAGAAGUGUGAAAAGCUUCCCUGAUAUCGACCAAAGCUUUCUCUUUCUUUAUGAUUCAAGGGAGUCAAUUCCAAGCUUUAUAAAACACAGGACUAAAAUCAUUUACAUUGGAUCCAAUGUUUCAUCCAUUCUCCUCACACAAUGUCUGGAAGAGCAUCUACCAAUUUGUAUUCCUUUUCUGGAGUACUAUUCCUAUACUCCUGGCCGUUUGUUCAAACCUGUAUCGGCAGAUCAUCUGCAGUUCUUGUCUUUGACUGUGCUGAGGCUUUAUCAGUUCCCAGAUAUGAAAAGUUUUGAGAUAGACUGUCCCAAUUUAAAAAGUUUGGACAUUUCAUUUGGAAACAUAGAGCUAAUAAAGGGAAAAUUUGAAAACUUAAAGAGUCUGAAACUGGCCCAUUGUUCAACGAAAACUUUUGAUCUUAUUGCUCCUAAGAUGAAAAACAUAAUAAUCCAUUUCUCAAACGUGCAUAAUGUUCACGGUAUCUUUCCGAGUAUGAAUGUUUGUGAUCUCUACGCAAAUUCGCAUCAGCGUCUCUCCAUGCAAGCUCCUUGUCUUGAAUCUCUAACCUUGAGCAAAAUUCGGGGACUUGAGACGUUUUAUGGGUCAUUUCCUUGCCUCCAGGCUGUCGACUUAGAAGGUAGUAAAGAUCUAAGGCGUUUGGUAAUUUCUGAGGCUCGGAUUCAGAACAUCAACGCUGACGGCUGCACUAAUUUAGUUAUGUCCUAUUUCUUGGUUGAUGGAAGGAGAUUGCCAAAUGAAGGGCCGUUUCGACAUGUUGACGUACUAAAAGGUAACUUCACUCAUCUGAAAAGUAUGAGUCUUAAUUAUGUGCCUGUCUCUUCAAUCAACAUCGUUGCUCCUCAAUUAGAAAAGCUCAGUCUUCAGGGAACUCCGUUGGUUGACUUGGUAGGGGAUUUGAGAGUCUUGAAGGAACUUAACUUGGACAAUUGUUCAACUUUUCAAUCUAUGAUCAGUCAUGCAGCUCCCACAAGAAUGAAAGUCACAUUCACAGAAGACAUGGAUUUCAACUUGAAUGGUUAUUCCCAUGUCUUGAAAUCUUUGUCGAUCAACGAAACCCCUUUAGCAUGUGUGGAGUACACUUCGAAGUCAUUGGUUCAGUUGAGCCUAAAAGGAUGUCACAACUUGAUAAGCUUGAAAGGACAAAUGGAGAACAUCAAAAGAUUGGAUCUGAGUUCAUCAUCUUUGGAGGACUUCGGAAUUCAUGCACCGUCACUGGAAAUGAUAAACUUAUCUAAAACAUCAAACUUGAAAGUGAUUGCAGGGUAUUUUCCAAACUUGCUGAAACUGGAUCUAAGCUAUUCCGCAGUCGAGUCGAUUGCAGUGGACGCAUUUCAAUUGCGUAAAUUGAUUCUCUUUGGAGAAGAUCUUCCGAUUGUUAAAAUUGGAUCGUAUCCUAAUUUGAAGACGGUGUACAUUUCACCAAGCUCUACUCUUACUGAAGCAAGAUGGAUCAGCUCUGUAGGAGAGCAAAACCAUGUAUUUAAGGCAACUAUGAUUAAAAUUGAGGGAGCCAGCAAACUGUUUCACAAAGUAACACGUCAAAAGUUUCAACUAUUCACACAAUCAAAAGAGAAAUAUGUGUAUUUUGAGAGCAGGGAGAUUUGCUAUGUUUGUCAAGAAGAUAUCUUGGAACUUGAGUCAGUUUUCAUUUUGAAUUGCGGACAUUUUAUGCAUUAUUCUUGUACUAUGACCUACUUCCGAGAAGGAUUUAAGGUAUGCUCAAUUUGUAAUCAAAAGAUGAUCAGCUUUCCUGAGUUUCGAAGAUGCUACGAGCCAUUCAACCAUAACCUGCUAGAAAUGACAGAAAAUUGGUAG